GGCGUGCGCGCUCCCGAGAGGCGGAGGUUUGGCAUCUCACGCGCGCAGCAGCAGCAGCUGUGAGCGUCAGACAGCAGCAGACAGCGGGAAGGUAAACUCUGACUGCAGUUUAGAGUCUCCACUACUGAAAAUGUCAAACACUGGUCUCAUUCGACGCAUCCGCAACCAUCCUCAGCCCCCGACACCGGCACUAGCAUGCUCAAAGUUGGUUUUCUGUGUCAUGCCGAUUGCUCAGAUUUCAAUUGGUGCGGUAUAUCUGAAUGACUGUCCGCGGCAGCACUACAUCCCCAUCUACUUGAUAGUGGCGGGAGUCUUCGGCCUGGUGUUGGCGGUGCUCUCCUGCCUGCCCUGCGCCCGGGAGGCCAAAGACGGCACCUCCAACCCGCUCACCGCAGUCUGCGCCACCUGGAACUCGUUGAUGGGUUUCUUCCUCUGCUGCUGGUUUAUUGCUGGUAAUGUGUGGAUAUACUCUAUUUACGAGCCCAACUACAACAAGAACACAACCAGCGUGGAUCCGUACUGCGACAGGACGCUUUACCUGUUUGCCUUCUGGACCACCACCUUAAUCUACAUCCUCCUGGGUCUGUUUCUGGUAGGCGGCUGCUGCACCUUAUUCUGCUUCUUCCUGUGCGGCCGAGCCGACGCCGACGACAAUAUCUAGAGACAAACAAUGACGAGACGGGAUACACACAGUUUGUUUGCUGCUGAGGCUGUUAAUGUUGAUGACUAAUACGCCUUAAAAUGUGUCUCUUGGUGGCACUUCUAGUUGCACAACCUUCAUUUUGACAGCCCCAGCUAGAAACAUUUAACUUCAACAUGCUGUAGAUUUUAACACUGAUCAGAAAGGAAAACUGGUAUUUUUCAUUCUGGACCCUGUUUUUUCAUGUUUUUGUGUUGAAGUGACUAAAAAAAAAACCAACUAUUUCUUAUUUUGGUCCAGUAUUGAGCAACAACACUGCAGUCAACAUCUGC